CUGCGCCAGGGGACGUUCGCCAUUGCGAUCCAUGAACGGAUCGAUGCCCGGGUCGUGGCGCUGUUCGGGCGGUCCGGGACAGGGAAGACCACGGUCCUCGAGUCGAUCGCCGGGUUGCGGCGGCCGGACCGCGGCGUGAUCCGGAUCGGGGCGCACACGUUGUUCGACACCGGGGCGGGUAUCGACGUGCCACCGCACCAGCGGCGCGUCGGCUACGUACCGCAGGAUCUGGCGUUGUUCCCGCAUCUGAACGCCAGACGCAACAUCAUGUAUGGCACGGCGGUCCGCCACGGCGGCGCCGGUUCGGCGACGGCCGAUCAGAUACUCGACCUGCUCGAGUUGCGCCCGCUGCUCGACCGCGGCGUCGGUGCCCUGUCCGGCGGAGAACGGCAGCGUGUCGCGAUCGCGCGGGCGUUGAUGACCGCGCCGGCCGUGCUGCUGCUCGAUGAGCCGCUCGCGUCGCUCGACAUCAGCCUGCGCGCGCGGAUCUUGCCCUAUCUCGAGCGGAUUCGGGACGAGCUGGGUACACCGAUGGUCUACGUGUCGCACGCAGAGGCGGAGGUGCGGGCGAUCGCCGAUUGGGUAAUCGUGCUGGACGGCGGGCAGGUCGAGGCGUCGUACUCCAGCGCCGGGAACAGCGGAUUACCCACGACCGCCGCCGGCGCUCUGUGA